UGGAACACUAAGAAAAUAAACAACCUAGGAUGUGCUUCCUUUUGGACUUUGCAGCCCUUGUAGGAAUGUGUGCUCCAGAAAUCACUUUCUUCCUCAGAGCCGAAGGUUUUAUUUAAAAUAAAGCUGUUUAUGUGGCAUUUCUAGGCGACCUUUUUUUGAAGAGCCUCAGCAAUGGGUGGCUUUGGAGUCCUCCUUCAAAGGAACCAGUUCAUCCUCCUGGUGCUCUUUCUUUUGCAAAUUCAGAGUCUGGGCCUGGACCUGGAUAGUCGUCCUACAUCUGAAGUCUGUGCCACACACACGAUUUCACCAGGACCCAAAGGAGAUGGCGGUGAGAAAGGAGAUCCAGGAGAGGAAGGAAAGCUCGGCAAAGUGGGACGCAUGGGGCCGAAAGGAAUUAAGGGAGAACUGGGUGAUAUAGGAGACCAAGGCAGCAUUGGCAAAACCGGGCCCUUUGGCAAGAAGGGUGACAAAGGGGAGAAGGGUUUGCCAGGGAUUCCUGGAGGAAAAGGCAAAGCAGGUACUGUCUGUGACUGUGGGAGAUACCGAAAAGUUGUUGGGCAAUUGGAUAUUAGUGUCGCUCGCCUCAAGACAUCUAUGAAGUUCGUCAAGAAUGUCAUAGCAGGAAUUAGGGAAACCGAAGAGAAAUUCUACUACAUUGUGCAGGAGGAGAAGAACUACAGGGAAUCGCUGACCCACUGCCGGAUCCGGGGUGGAAUGCUGGCCAUGCCAAAGGACCAAGCUGCCAACACGCUCAUCGCCGACUAUGUCGCCAAGAGUGGCUUCUUCCGGGUCUUCAUCGGGGUGAAUGACCUGGAGAGGGAGGGGCAGUAUGUGUUCACGGACAACACCCCCCUGCAGAACUACAGCAACUGGAAGGAGGGGGAGCCCAGCGACCCCUAUGGUCACGAGGACUGUGUGGAAAUGCUGAGCUCGGGUCGAUGGAAUGACACAGAGUGCCAUCUUACCAUGUACUUUGUCUGUGAGUUUGUCAAGAAGAAAAAGUAACUCCCCUCAUACUACACAUUUGUAAUUCCCUGUGACUACCAUUGAAGUUCUUUUAAUCCAUUCCUUUCCUUCCUAGCUACACUAAAUUUGAUCUGACUCAGGACAAGGGAGAAAUGCUACACUGAGGUUUGGAAUCUCCAUC